CCUAGUUUAUAAGGCACUUUGCCAAAUGCCCUCACAUGUAUUACCUCAUUUAAUCCUCCAGGAAACCUAUCUUCAGAUACCCCAGGGUGCACCCCCCCCCCGACUCUCCCAAUAUUCCUAUUUUUCCAGGUAAAGAAACAGAGAUGCAAAGACCUGCGAUGACUAGCUAAGGUUAUAGAACAUGACUAGCGGCAGAGCUGGGGAAUGAACCCAUGUUCUCCAGCAAAAACUGGUGCAUGUUUUUUGUUCUCCAAGAAAAACCAGUGUAUGUUUUCCACUCUAACAGGAGAGAAAAGCAAGGAGCAGUGACUGCCACCAUGGAAAUCUCCCUUCGUGGCAUCUCCCUAGGCCUGGUCUGCUGUGAGGAAGAGCUGCAGGUCCCUCCUCAGGAACGUAGGAAAACCACUGAGGGCCUUCCUGGGCUGGGACAGUGGCAGAGGAGUGGAGACAGCUCUCUGGCUUCUGUGCCCAGCCCCCACCUAAGCUCUCUAGGGAGGCAGGAAGGAGACUGCUCUCAGAGCCUAGGGAGCUGGCUGUGAGGCCUGCGCAGGGGCCCUGAGGCUCCCCAGGAUUGUUCACCUGCUGCUCUGUGCACUGCCAGCCUCAGCCCAGCUGCUGGGGUUGCAUCACCUGCAGCUAAAACAGCCCUGGCGGCCAAAAGGCAACAGAGGGACUCUGAGACACAGAGACUCAGGGAGCCAGGGAGCCUCCCACAUUUCCCAAUCGCCUUUUGGGAGCGUGGUGCUUCUGUCCCCAGGGAACAAUUUUUUCAUUUUUCUCUUCUGACUCUGCUGAUCAUUUCCCACCCCCCCAAUACCUGUGCCCUUCCUUCCCCAUGGAUAUGAACAGACCCCUCGCCUUCCCCACCCAGGCUGGCUGAUCUAAUUAGGCAGUAGUCAAGUGAAUUUCUGGGUUGGGACCCCCUCUGGGGUGCAGGCUGGGGUGCCCUGCUGGUAUCAGCCCCGAAAUCAGCGUGGAGCCUGUCUGACCUGCCCCCCCCAGGGAGCUGGAGCCAGAGGCAGAGCCAGGCCACACAGGAGCUGGUGCCCACACAGGGACGCCACCAGGCUGAGAUGACACACCUUGCCUCACUCCUAGCGCCUCUGGGCACCCAUGUACCCGCAAGAACACACACUCACAGCUCAGAGAUUGCACCCACUGACCUCAAGAGCCCAGCCGGAAACUCCAAGGGUGAAGGGCAGGCAGCAGCCCAUUGCACCAUGUCUGUGACCAGUGGGAAGACUGGACCAUCCCUGACCCAGGAGAUCCUCAGCCACCUGGGCCUUGCCAGCAAGACUGCAGCUUGGGGAACCCUGGGCACCCUCAGGACAUUCUUGAGUUUCAGUGCAGACAAGGACGUGCAGAGGCUGCUGAGGGCCAUUGCAGGCCAAGGCGUGGACAGCAGUGCCAUUGUGGACGUGCUGACCAAUCGGAGCAGACAGCAAAGGCAGCUCAUCUCUCGAGGCUUCCAGGAGCGCACCCAACAGGACCUGCUGCAGUCCCUGCAGGCAGCCCUCUCCGGCUCCCUCGAGAGGAUUGUGGUGGCUCUGCUGCAGCCUGCAGCCCGUUUCGAUGCCCAGCAAUUGAGGACAGCCUUGAAGGACUCAAGUUCUGCUGAGGAUGUGGCCAUGGAAAUUCUUGCCACCCGAACCCCACCCCAGCUGCAAGAGUGCCUGGCGUUCUACAAACACGAUUUCCAGAUGGAGGCCGAGGAGGACAUCAAAUCUAAAACCAGUGGCAUCUUGCAGGACCUGCUCCUGGCCCUGGCCAAGGGGCGCCGUGAGAGCUACUGUGGAAUCAUUGACUAUAACCUGGCAGAACAGGAUGUCCAGGCAUUAAAGCGGGCUGAAGGACCCAGCACAAAGGGGACGUGGGUCCUCGUCUUCACCCAGAGAAAUCCUGAGCACCUCGUCCGAGUGUUCCAUCAGUACCAGCGGGACACGGGGCACGAGCUGGAGAAGACUGUCCGGCAUCGUUUCCACAGGGAUGCGCAGGGGCCUCUGCUCAGCCUAGCCUCAGUGAUCAGGAACACACCGCUGUACUUUGCUGAUAAACUUCACCGAGCCCUCCAGGAAACUGAGCCCAAUUACCAAGUCCUGAUGCGUAUCCUUGUCUCUCGAAGUGAGACUGACCUUCUAAGCAUCCGAGCUGAGUUCAAAAAGAAAUUUGGGAAGUCCCUCUACUCUUCCCUCCAGGAUGCAGUGAAAGGGGACUGCCGGUCAGCCCUACUAGCCCUAUGCAGGGCUGAAGACAUUUGAGGCCUCCCUGCCCCCUAUCGCCACAUGACAUUCAAGGAUCUGAGCUUCCCGUGUUUGGCUGAGCCUGCAGGAGACCAGCUGGGCCUCCAAAUAGGAUAACCCCUCACUGAGCACCACAUGCUCCAGCUUCUUGUUGAGGCUGGAACUCAAAGUUUCUUUUCAAUCCCUUAAUUUCCCUCAUCUCAAAGUGAUGUCUGCACCUGGUCCCCUAGCUGUCUUGGGUGUGGAGUAAUGGGAUCUCUUUGGUGUCUCUGCCCUAGUCAUCCUUCCCGUAACCUGGCCAGAACAUCUCACUGAUACUUGAAUUCUUUUGGCAAACUU